AUGGCGGAGGCGAUGGCGUCCGCGGAGCCUACGCCUCCGGCAGCAUCCGGGAGAGAGCUGUCUGGGAGCGCGAUGGGGACGGAGGGGACACCGCUUCCGGACGGGACGUUGAGCGGAGCCCUCACUUCUUCCCCACAGAGUUUCGGGCUGGCCGCGGAGGCAAACAGAGAGACAGGAGAGGAAGGAACCGGCCGUGCAGAGUUGCAGGGCGGGGGAGACCGCGAACAGAGCACUUCUCGUUCUCUCGACAAAACCGAUAUCGCUCUGUCUACACAGCUCCAGCUUGAGCAGCUGGACGCUCUCCAGCAGCAUGUUCAGAAACAGCUUCUGGAAGGCGUGUCGUCCGCUGCGGGCCUCGCGCCGUCGGCUGACGAGGCAGCAAAUCUGCAGGUCGACGGAGAAGCAGGGGCGCCUUUCGGAGUCGCAGAAGGUUGCGGCGGCGCUUCUGAGGUUGGUGCAGUGGAAGGCGAAGAAGCGUGUCGGGAGGCCCUCGCCGCUCCGAAGGCAGACCUGACAGAGUCCGGAAUCGAGGACAAAGACGAGGUUUGCGGGCCGCAUUUCUCGAGGAAAGGCAAGGGAUGGGGCGACGAUGCGCGUUUGGGAUCUGCGUUGUCGGGAGGGACAGCGGUGGAAGAGGAGGGCGAAAACUCGUCGUCCUCUUCGCUUGGAUUUUCCGCGUCUUCUCCUGGAGGGCGCGACGGAAACGGAGACGAUGGAAACUCCCUUCUUCCCGCCACGAGCAGCGACGCAGACGUCCCAGGCACUCACGAAGACCGUCUUCGUCUCCUCGUGCUUCAGCAGGAGUCCAUGAUGAAACAGACGCCAGGAGGCGAGCUCCCCGCAUCCCUGGAAGUCGCGGGAGGCGGCCGAGUGACGCCGAGUGCCUCAGACCAGACUUUCUCUUCUCUGCAGUUUUCGGAAGAGUCACAGAGCCCUCAGAAGGCCGGUCCGCUCCCGUCGCUGCUGACGGGGAAGCGGACUCGGCGCAGUGGCCAGGCCCCGACGGCCGCGACGGACUCCGCCCAUCUCUCGGCCUCGCUGUCUCCAGGCGGAGACGGCGAGACAGGGAAGAUCGGCCCUAGCGCGUUGCUCUUUUGCGGGGAAGAGGAUCCACAGUCUUCGCUCUCGACCCCUCAGGGGGCAGACGGUCGCGGCCAGUCGACGGAGGCGACGCCUUCGAGCGGAACCCACGCGUCGGGAGACAGAAAGGCCAAGCGCGAGGACCACGAGCCGAUGAAGACUCGGCGGUUGGCGCGGGCGGCGGCUCAAGCAGCGGCUGCGAUGGCAGCUGCAGCCGCGGGCGCGACCGACGGCCAAGGCGAAGCUGCGGCGGUGAAGGCGGAAGGGAAAGAGUUUUCUGGGUACUUGGCAUCGCCGGAGAGCCUCGCUAGCCAAGCGCUUGCGCAGUCGUCGGCUCCGCUGGCGAACCUUGCGGGCUCUCAUCCUGCGGGCUUGUACCUCGACGAGGCGUCCGCUCUUUCGGGGCUCGUCCCGGGGGUCGGGAAAGGCGGAAUGCCCGUCCCAGUCCCCGGUGCGGAGUGCGCGCCUGCAAUGAAUGCGGCGUUGUUGCCUGUGAUUUCGACAGGCGUGCUGUCUGGCCCUGGCGCGCCGGGCGUCCCUUCGCUGCUCACAUCGGGUCGCCUGUCUCAUCCGGGCGCUGCGGGGGCCCAGGCCCCUGCGCUCGCCGGGGCCAACGCUGUCCCUCAGGGCGCCUGCGCCGGCGGCGCGGGCGAGUACGAGCGGAGCGACUUGCUGAUGCGGCCUGGCGUCAGCUACUACGGGGGCCGCCAGGCCUGGGUUGCGGAGAUCAAGUACGGGGGGCGGAGACGGUUCAAGGUCUUCAGUGUCGCCAAAUACGGCUACGAAGGCGCGAAGCAGAUGGCUGUGGACACGCGAGAACGGUGGGAAGAGGCGCGCGAAGCUGGCGAGCUAGAUCAGCUGAUGAUGAGCUCUCAGCGCCAUCAGUGCCCCGUGCAGAGUGGAGUCAAGGGCGUCUACUACGACACAGCGCGAAAAGGGUGGCGAGUCGUGGUGACCUUGAACUGCCGGCAGAUGAGCAAGUUUUUCUUGGCCAGCAAGUUCGGAAACGCCGAGGCGAAACGCUUGGCCAUUGAGUGCCGCCAAAUGUGGCUCGAUGCAAUCCAGAAUGGCCGCGCAGACGACGUCUUUGAGAAGGCGCGGAAGCUCGUCUCUUUCAAGACGAAAGGUGUGAACAAUGGCGCCAACGCCAACGCGGGCCACAACGGCGCAUGCGCGGGCGCCGCGGGGGGACUGCCCCACACCGCUCCCGUGGGCUCUUCUUCAGCAGUGUGUGGAGCUGCGGGCCCCCACGCGCCCGCGGCGGGGGGCCUUCUCGCCUCGCGGUUCGCAGCCAGUGGGCCGGGUAGCGCAGGCUCGCCGCACCAGGGUGUCGGCGCAGGCGUCGGCGGCGAGCUGUCGCAUUCCUCUUCCGUCCUUCUCGCCGCAGCGGGUGGCGGGGCUGCGGGAGCCCCCGGCGGUCUCCAAGGGCCUUCAUCCGGUUUGUUGAAUUCUUCGCUCUCGUCUUGUCUGGGAAAGUUCGGGGCGACGCCGCCUGGGACCGGCCUCUCAGCGGACGGGACGAGCAGCAGCUGCCUGUUCUCGAACGCCGCUGGGACGCCUUCGCGGAAUCUGCGAGACGCCUCGAACGAGUUGCUCCUCGCGGCCGCGGCGGCCAACGCCUCGUCCGCGCAUGCAGGCACAGCUGCGCUUCUCUCGGGGCUCCCAGGCGGAGCCGUGGGCGUCCCUGUGGGCGCGGGGGCGGGCCCGAACGGCGCGGUGAGCGGCGACGGGACUUCUUCUCUGGCUGCGGCCGCGGCGGCGUUCCUCUCGCCGUCUUCGCUCACGUCUGUGCCGAGGGGUCUGCGAGGAGACACCCCAGCGUCUCGGGGGAACACGCCAGGGGGCUCGCCGACGGAAGAGAGCGGCGGGGGCCCACAGGCCGGAGCAGCCGGCGUGCACCCGGCAGGGACAACCCCCGGCGGGCGGCCGUCGCCGGCGUUUGGCCUCGCGUCCUUCGCUGCAGCAGCAGGGGCUCCAGGGGCGGGAGCCUGCGCGACGGAAGGUGGAGCCGCAGGCUCAGGGGCUGCUGGAAAUGCGGCAGGCGCUGCUCUUCUGGCCGUGGCGUCCCAGCAGGGUUUUGACCCUAAACUCCUCCAGCAGCAGCAAUUGGCCGAGCAGCAACUCGUUCUUCAGCAGUGGGGCGAGGCCGCGGCGGCCGUGGCUGGCGGCGUGGGAAUUCCACAGACGCUCUUCUCCUCUGGAUGCGCCGACGGCGAGAACGCAAAUGGAACGAUGAGGGAUCCUGUCGCAGCGGCGAAUCAGCAUCAACAGCUGCAGCUUCAACUGCUUCAAGAGCUUAACCGAGGGGCCUCCCUCCCUCCGCUCCUGGACGUCCUCUGGGGGCCCUCUGUCGCAGGGACAGGGGCGGUGGCAGCUCCUGGGGACAGAGAGGCCGGCGGCAACCAGGGCACUGAAGGCGCCUGCGGAGCAGAGAAUGACUUGGUCACGCUUCAGCCUGGGGCAGCGAGGGAAGAGGCAGCGGGCGGAAACCAGUCGUCUCUCCUGGCGAUGGGUCUCGGGGGCCAGGAGGAAAGCGGGGCAACUGGCGAGGGAGCGGGGGCCCAGAAUGGCUGCGGCCUGUCCGCUCCUGUCCUCUCUCUCCUCCUGCAGCAGCAAGGCCUCCACCACCAGCAGCUCGCGGCUGCGGCGGCGGCGGCCGCCAGGGGCUGCGCGCCGCAGCCGGGCGCUGGAGCCCUCUGUGGCUUCAACCGCGACGGGAACAUGGUGGUUCUGGGCAACCCGGUCGCAGGGGGCGCGCCGGGGUGUCUCCUUUCUGGGGCUGCCUCAGGCGACAGUGCAGCCACAGACAAGAGAGGGCCGAACCAGGUGGGAGGCGCUCUCGGGAACGCCAUGGGCGCCAUGUCGGGUCAUCUAGCUGGAGGGACCCUCCUAGGGGCGGCUGGCGCCGCACGCCCGGGCGCGAAUGUUGCCGCGCCUGCGACAGGCGCCACGGGUUCGAAGCGGCGGCGCACCCAGCAGGGGGCUGCGGCGGUGGGGCUCCAGGGACAUACUGGAGGUCCGGGCGCUGCUGGUAGCGGUGCGACGGGAGUCGGAGGUUCGAAAAGACACCAGAGACAGUCGAAGGAUGCGGUGUCGUCGGGCAUCCUGGCAGGAAGCGGAGGCAGUGCGGUCCCGGGAGCAGACUGCGCGGGUGCGAAGCCUCUCGGCGCAGCAGCUGUCGGGACGGGCUCCGAGAACAGCACGUGCGACGUGCGGGGCGUCUACCUCGACACGCGAAACAACGCAUGGGCGGCCACCAUGGGAGUCCAUGGCCGUAAUGUGAAGAAGAGCUUCGCGGUUGCGAAGCACGGCUACGAAACAGCCCUUCAGCUGGCGAUCCACGCGCGGAGACAGUUGGAGCGGAUCUACUGGGGCUCCAGUCCAGGCGACGAACAAGACGCCGCGUUGCUCGGCUUGUCGAACCGCGGGAACGCCGGUGCUGUUGCCGGGGCAGCAGCCAACUCAACCCCCGCUGCGGGCGCUCUUUCGUCUCUGGCAUCUCCUCACCAGGGGGCGCCGGCCUCGGCCGUCCCGCAGCCGCUGCUCCACGCCCAGCAGCCGCUGCCAGCCCUCCAGGGUCUCUGCUGGCCCACGCCGGGCGGCAUCACCCAGGCGGGAGCCCCGGGCGUGUGCGGGCGACCUGAAGACGAGAUGACGGCGAGCAUGGCGGCGCUCAGAGGCGCGAUUCUCGACCCCGCGGCGCUGUCGCGGCUCUCUGGGGAAGACGCAGCUAGCGCCGAGGCCGCCGCGCGAACUGCGGUCGCCGCAGGUUCUCUUCUCUACGGUACUCCGUUUGGGUCGGCGCUCCCCACAGGCCUCGCGGCCAGUCCCGUGGUGGCGCCUCCGAGCAACUCGGCGGAAGGAACGGGCGAGCUGGCGUCCAGUGGAGAUUUGCGGGGCGUCGUGGGUGGAGCGCGAGUCCGAACUGGGGGCGUUGCCGCGACAGAAGAAAGCCAAGAAGGGGCCGGGGUAGCACGGCCGGGGGCUGUUGCCGGCAUGUUGGCAGGCGGGGCCGGAGACAACCUGUCUCCGGCACUCGGGAUGGCCGGCGCGACUGCGGGUGCGUGCUCUGGGGGUCUUCCGGGAGGUCCCACGCUCCUCGGGUCCGGCUUGGAAGGGCGCGAUGCGUCGUUGAAUAUGGCGAAUCUCAUUGCCUCGACGUCAGGAAGCUCGCCGUCGGGGGGUUUGUUCGUGCGGGACGCACUGGCGGCGCUGCUCUUGCAACUGGAUCCUCAGCAGCGGAUGGCUCUUCUCCAGGGCGACAUGAACUCUCUGAACUCCCUUCAGGCUGCGUUCCUCCAAAAUUCCCAGUUUUUCACUCCGUCGUGUGCACCCGACGCAAAUCAACUCUUUGUCGGGGCGAACGCAACUCCAAAUGGGCCUCUCGGGGCCGCCGCGCCCGAGCCGUGCUCGCCGUCCCUCCUGCUGGGGAACGCGGAGGGGUCAGCUGGUGUGGGGUGUGGGGCCGUCGGGCUCGCCGCGGGGGUGACCGAGGAGACACUUCGCGAGAAAGAAGCGAUGCUGGCGGCUGGAGGGGACCAAGGCGUCGGCCAGGUGAAAGCCAGCGGAGCCUCGGAGAACGAGCAGAAGGAAGAGCAGGAAGGCCGAGCUGCUACGGACCUCAAGGAGGGUGCUUUCUCUUUCGGCGCAGGAAAAGAAGAGAUCCAGGGGGCGAAGACGGAGGAAGACGCUGGGAAAGAAAAGGAACCGUCGGGAGAAGCGCUCAACUUGGGCAGUAUCCCUACAGGCAACACGGCAGUCACUCCCGUCGAGCCGACAGGUGUGGAGAUGGCGGAGCAGCAACCGACUGCAGCUGAAGCGGGCGAUGGACUGAACGGAGGCGUCGAAGCGGGAGAAGAUGCAAAAGGCAGUGAGGCGGGGAAGCCUGAGACGAUCCAGACUGCACCACCAGCUCAGGAACAGUAG